AUGAAGUUCACCAAUGUUCUGUUCACUUUGGGCCUGGCCACCAGUGUUCUGGCCAACCCUACGAAGGUCGCCCGUGAGCCCAGCCUCGUGGAGCGUGAUGUUGCCGCGGUGACUAGCGUCCUUGCCGACAUCGAAACCAAGGUUAAGGCCCUGGACUCUUCCAUCACCAGCUACAGCGGUGGUGACCCCUCCAAGGUUGAGUCGGCCUCCAGUGACCUGGUCUCAACCAUCAACUCGGGUACCAGCACUGUCAAGGGCGGCGACGAGCUCAGCUCCACCGAUGCUCUUCAGAUCCCGGGUCCUGUCCAGGACCUGACCAAGCUGGUCCAGACCGCGGUCAAUGAUCUGAUCUCGAAGAAGGACAAGAUCGCCUCGGCUGGUGCCGGUGCGACAAUCUACCAGCAGCUCGAGAAGCAGUACACUGCUGCUAAGAGCCUGGCCGACGCUCUCAGCUCCAAGGUUCCCUCCUCCCUGUCCAGCCUUGCCGCAUCUCUGUCUGCUGGUAUCACCGAUGCCAUCCAGAAGGGUGUCGAUGAGUACAAGGACGUUGCCAGCAGCUCUGCCUCCCCUUCCAGCGCUACCUCCGCCGCCGGCGAGAAGAGCACGACUAGUGCUCCCUCCGCCACUGAGAAGAGCGAGACCACUGCCGCUGCGACUACGGGCGAAUCCGCUGCCACUGGUGCUCAGACCUCGUCUCCCGUGAUCCCCACCUCCGCCAGCGCCUCUGCCACCCCCUUCAGCUCCGGCACUCCCUCCGCUUCCGCCAGCUCCACCCUUUUCACCGGCGCUGCCAACGUUGAGCGCUUCAGCUGCAUCUUUGGUGGUGCCGCUGCUGCCGCUGCUGCCAUCGCUGUCGCCCUGUAA